UGCAAACUCGAAGAUAAGUUGGAAUCGCAAUUCACAAUGCACAGAACAUCAAGAUGCUUCAACGUACUAAGGGGUGCAGAUUACCCUGUGCAGUAUGCGUCUGUUGUGUAGAGUUGUGUACAAUAAAUAAACAUACACUCUAAAGGCGUUGUGUAAUUAGUUAGCGAACGAUCUAGUACGGAUUGACAAGAACCGAAAUUACGAGAUUAUUAAUAUUUCGCAGUUAAAACAUUUUCAACCUCGAGUAUGUAAUAGUUUGAGACUAAUGAGACUUUAACUUAUAGAAUUCGUUGAAAAUACGAUGGCAUAUAGGUUAGAGAGCCAAAUUUUACCAGAAUUUUUUUAAUAUUAUAUUGUUGGUACCCCAGAUUUAUAGCAAGAAUGUAUUAAAUCUGUGGUAAUAGUAUGUCAGCUAUUUCUUUAUGUAGUCUGUAGUGCUGUCUCAUUAAUAGUUGUCUCUAUUGUUCUCUUGGUUCUAAUUCCUUAAUUAUUUUUUUUAUAGUUUGUGUUCUCUCUUUAUUGUUUAACUCAUUUGAAUUGUGUUGUGUGAAUUUCUUUGUUGUUAACGUAUUAUUAUUUCGCCAAAUAUUACAAGGCCUUUGCAUCUGACACUUAUAGAGGUAACAUGGCAGGGCACAAAUACAUUAAUUCUAAUAAUCUAUUCGAGGAUGAUGUUGACGACGACACUUUCGUAAAUAGCUAUUCAAGAAAUAGAAUACCUCCACCUCAACCAAAGCCAACAUCUCCUUAUGGUGGUCAUAUAUCAGACUUAGAAAGACAACGGCAAGCGAUGAUACAGCGACAACAGGAAAUAGAACAACGUACUCUUGAUUCAUCAUCUCGAAGUAUAGGCCUACUGCGUGAAUCAGAACAAAUUGGUAUUGCGACAGCUGAAGAACUCGCGCGUCAACGAGAUGUUCUACAAAAUACCAACACAAGACUUGACAAGAUAAAUACUGAUCUUAAUGAUAGUCAAAGACAUCUUAAUGGUAUAAAAUCAGUCUUCUACGGACUUAAAAACUACAUAUCUGGAAAGAGUGAGAAAACGCCUCCUCGUAGUCAAAUGUCACCAUCUUCAAGCAGCAUGCAAGCCGGUCCUGCUACCAGUGGCCCGGUUGAUACUCUUGACAAACUUGAAUCAACUGGUGAUUCUCGCUAUGACGCCCAUCCAUCUGUUCGGUUGCGUGGACUGGAUAUGCAAACUAAUCAAGCAGUUCCAAACAGCCAACGUGUCAAUCAAAUGCUAGAUGCAAACCUAGAUGAGAUGGCUCAUGCUAUAUCAAGACUUAAGGGACUUGGAACUGCUUUAGGAGAUGAAAUUGAGAGUCAAAAUAAACUGUUAGACACAAUAUAUGACAAAGUUGAGAACACAGAUGUUAAAAUUGGUAAACAAAAUAAACAAAUGAAUAAAAUACUUGGUAAAUAGUUCACCGUUUGUUGACUAGCAAAAUUUUCCAUUAAGUAUUCCAGAUAUAUUUUAUUAUUAUGUUUAAUCACUAUUGUUUACUAUAUAAAAGAAACAAUCAAUCUCAUCAACUUAAAUUCCAAAUUGAAGUGUUGUACUGUAUAUAAUAUUGAAAACACUAGUAGAAGAAGAAUAUAUGCUAUUACUGUUGUAUUAAAAUAUGAAUUUGUUUUAUGUAUAAGACAGUUUUCUGUUGCAUAAACAUUACUGUUUAAUCACUGUAACAGCUCAAAUUUCAAAGUUAAUGUAUAUAGUAUUAAAUUUUGUAUAAAUUUGCAGAUAUCUUUAUAAAUAAAAAUGUAUGUUUUUAUUAGAUUUUUUAUUGUAAUUUUAAACAAAAAAAAAUCUGUCUAAUAAUUGUACAUAAUUAGAAGCAUUAAUGAACCUUAUCUAUAUAAAACCAGAAAUGAGCUGAAUUAGCUUAUCACUAAAUUAAUUAAAUUUACCUAUGCCUAGAUAAGACUAUGCAUUUGAUGCCCACAAAUGGCUCUAUGUAACAUGUAUGGUAUAAAAUUACAAUAUAUUUUUAUUUCGUAAAAUAUAUGUAAAUAAAAUAUUUUAUUAAAUUUUUGUUUCCUUCAAAGAUUGUUAACACUGUCUCAUUAAUGUAGUAUCCUAAUUAUCUAAUUAGAAUUUAGGUUAUCUAGAUACAAUGUACUGUAUGUAAUAGAAUUAGCUACUAUACAUUAUUAGUAUUUUUUUAGUUAGAGCACAUAUAGACAUAAAUUGCAACUAAAAUAUAUCUGCUGAGGGUUUUUGCAAAUUUUUCAGUAACUCGGCUAAUUAGAAAUCAUUGUAUUUGUCCUGUAAUGCUAUCAUCAACUGUAAUUAAUCCAUGUU